GGUGGCCUCGCGGUGCCUAGGCUCGGGCGGCCCGCGGAGGCGCGCUCAUUCGCGCGGAGCCGGCCGGGGAUCGCGGUCGGCGGCACGAUGAACAGCAUCAAGAACGUGCCGGCGCGGGUGCUGAGCCGCAGGCCGGGCCACAGCCUGGAGGCCGAGCGCGAGCAGUUCGACAAGACCCAGGCCAUCAGCAUCAGCAAGGCCAUCAACACCCAGGAGGCGCCCGUGAAGGAGAAGCAUGCCCGGCGCAUCAUCCUGGGCACUCACCACGAGAAGGGGGCCUUCACCUUCUGGUCCUACGCCAUCGGCCUGCCGCUGCCCAGCAGCUCCAUCCUCAGCUGGAAGUUCUGCCAUGUGCUCCACAAGGUCCUCCGGGACGGGCACCCCAACGUCCUGCAUGACUGCCAGCGGUACCGGAGCAACAUCCGGGAGAUCGGAGAGCUGUGGGGGCACCUGCACGACCGCUACGGCCAGCUGGUGAACGUGUACACCAAGCUCCUGCUGACCAAGAUCUCCUUCCACCUCAAGCACCCCCAGUUUCCCGCGGGCCUGGAGGUGACAGACGAGGUGCUGGAGAAAGCAGCUGGGACGGACAUCAACGACAUCUUCCAGCUCACCGUGGAGAUGUUCGAUUACAUGGACUGCGAGCUGAAGCUUUCUGAGUCCGUUUUCCGGCAGCUCAACACCGCCAUCGCCGUGUCCCAGAUGUCCUCGGGCCAGUGCCGCCUGGCCCCCCUCAUCCAGGUCAUCCAGGACUGCAGCCACCUCUACCACUACACCGUCAAGCUCCUGUUCAAGCUGCACGCCUGUCUCCCGGCGGACACCCUGCAAGGCCACAGGGACCGGUUCCACGAGCAGUUUCACAGCCUCAGGAACUUCUUCCGCAGAGCGGCCGACAUGCUGUACUUCAAGCGCCUCAUCCAGAUCCCCCGGCUGCCCGAGAGCCCCCCCAACUUCCUGCGGGCCUCGGCGCUGGCGGAGCACAUCAAGCCGGUGGUGGUGAUCCCUGAGGAGGCCCCCGAGGACGAGGAGCCCGAGACCCUCAUCGAGAUCAGCACGGCCCCCCCUGCCGCGGAGCCGGCGGUGGUGGCUGACCUCUUCGAUCAGACGUUUGGACCCCCCAACGGCACCGUGAAGGACGACCGGGACCUCCAGAUGGAGACCUUGAAGAGGGAGGUGGAGACCCUCCGGGCGGAGCUGGAGAAGAUGAGGCUGGAGGCCCAGAGGUACGUCGCGCAGCUGAAGGCCCAGGUGAACGCGCUGGAGGCGGAGCUGGAGGAGCAGCGGAAGCAGAAGCAGAAGGCGCUGGUGGACAACGAGCAGCUCCGCCACGAGCUGGCCCAGCUGCGGGCCGCCCAGCUGCAGGGCGAGCGGAACCUGAGCCUGCGCGAGGAGGCCGAGAAGAAGGCCAGCGCCACGGAGGCGCGCUACGCCAAGCUGAAGGAGCAGCACAGCAAGCUGGUGGCCACGCACGCGGAGCUGCUCAGGAAGAACGCAGACACGGCCAGGCAGCUGACGGAGAAGCAGCAGAUCCAGGAGGAGGUGGCGCGGGUGAAGGAGCAGCUGGUUUUCCAGAUGGAGCAGGCCAAGCGGGAGUCCGAGAUGAAGUUGGAGGAGCAGAGCGACCAGGUGGAGAAGCUCCGCAGGGAGCUGGAGGCCAAGGCCGGAGAGCUGGAGCGUGUGCAGGAGUCCCUGAGCCGCACGGAGCAGAGCGGGUCGGAGCUGAGCUCGCGGCUGGACACGCUGAGCGCGGAGAAGGAGGUGCUGAGCAGCGCCGUGCGGCAGCGGGAGGCCGAGCUGCAGGCCGCGCAGGGCCUGGUGCGGGAGAAGGAGGCGGCGCUGAGCCAGGAGCAGCAGCGCCACUGCCAGGAGCGGGACGAGCUGCAGGGGCGGCUGGCGGACAAGGAGUCGCAGGAGCAGGGGCUGCAGCGGAGGCUCCUGGACGAGCAGUUUGCGGUGCUGCGGCGCACGGCCGCUGAGGCCCAGCGCAUCCUGCAGGACGCCGUGGGCACGCUGGACGACCCCCUGCACCUGCGCUGCACCUGCUCCCCCGACUACCUGGUGAGCAGGGCCCAGGCGGCCCUGGAUGCCGUGAGCGCCUUGGAGACGGGCCACGCCCAGUACCUGACCCACAGGUCGGACGCCUCCGCCCUGGUGGCCGCCCUGACCCAGUUCGCUCACCUGGCCUCGGACACCAUUGUCAAUGGCGGCGCCACCUCGCACCUGGCGCCCACCGACCCUGCCGAUCGCCUGCUGGACGCCUGCAGGGAGUGCGGGGCCCGGGCGCUGGAGCUCGUGGGGCAGCUGCAGGACCCGCAGGCCGUGCAGCAGGCCCAGCCCGGCCUCAUGCGGACCCCGCUGCAGGGCGUCCUUCAGCUGGGCCAGGAGCUGAAGCCCAAGAGCUUGGACGUGCGUCAGGAGGAGCUUGGGGCCGUGGUCGACAAGGAGAUGGCGGCCACAUCCGCCGCCAUCGAGGAGGCCGUGCGGAGGAUCGAGGACAUGAUGAACCAGGCCCGCCACGCCAGCUCCGGCGUGAAGCUGGAGGUGAACGAGAGGAUCCUCAACUCCUGCACGGACCUCAUGAAGGCCAUCCGGCUCCUGGUGAUGACGUCCACCAGCCUGCAGAAGGAGAUCGUGGAGAGCGGCAGGGGGGCAGCCACGCAGCAGGAAUUCUACGCCAAGAACUCCCGGUGGACUGAAGGUCUCAUCUCCGCCUCCAAGGCCGUGGGCUGGGGAGCCACGCAGCUGGUGGCGUCGGCCGACCAGGUCCUGCUCCCCACGGGCAAGUACGAAGAGCUCAUCGUCUGCUCCCACGAGAUCGCCGCCAGCACGGCCCAGCUGGUGGCCGCCUCCAAGGUGAAGGCCAACAAGGACAGCCCCCACCUGAGCCGCCUGCAGGAGUGCUCCCGCACAGUCAACGUGAUGGCCGCGAACGUGGUGGCCUCCACCAAGUCGGGCCAGGAGCAGAUUGAAGACAGAGACACCAUGGACUUCUCCGGCCUGUCCCUCAUCAAGCUGAAGAAGCAGGAGAUGGAGACCCAGGUCCGGGUCCUGGAGCUGGAGAAGACGCUGGAGGCGGAGCGCGUGCGGCUCGGGGAGCUCCGGAAGCAACACUACGUGCUGGCCGGGGGGGUGGGGGCGCCCGGCGAGGAGGAGCCCAGCCAGCCCAGCGCUGCCCCUCCCAGCGUGACCUCCAAGAAGCCACCCCUGGCCCAGAAGCCCAGCGUGGCCCCCAGGCAGGACCACCAGCCGAACAGAAAGGAUGGCGUCGGCCCGGCUCAGCUCGUGAACUCCUAGGCCCCCGAGGGGUCCGGCGGGACUCGCAGGCGGGCCUGGUCCCCACGCGGCUGCCCUGACUUGGCUGAGAGCCUCUGAGGGGUGCGGUUCGUGCACCCGGUGUCCUGGCCUCCCCCACGACCCGCAUCAGUGGCCCCGAGGCCCCCAGCCCCUACCGAGCUGGUGGGACCUGGGCGCAGCGGGACCCACGGGGCAGCUCUCUCGGGUUUGAGCAUUUACUUGCCUCUGGACCGACCGGGAGCCGCCCGGACCCGGCAGCCCGAGCCACAUGCAGGGAACGUGCGGGCACUCGCACUCUUCCCAGCUGGAGCUCUCCCCCGUGGGCUCGGGCAGGCAGGGCCGUGGGGGGUGGGGGGGUCAGGCCGCCCUGCCUUCCGGACUCGGGUCUGAGGUGAGUGGGAAGAACACGGGCCCUGGGGCGUGGAUCCACGGAGACCGGGCCUUGGGCAGAGCAGGGUGCCCGGGCGCCCGGGGUCCCCCUUCCUCCCCGGGCCUCGCUCCAGGGCACCUGCGGCGGGGUGCUGAGGAGGACGGCCCGUGCCUGCGGGAGAGGCGGGCCGGGUGCCGCUGCCAGCCACAGGUGCUGCCCCCACGCCUGGAGCCCGGCGACCGCCCGCUUCC